AUGGCGAAUUUGGAUCACACUCAUUUUGACGACGAUGACGACAACGACGAUUUCGAACUUCCUCUCACUCAACCUCUAUCACUUUCCAACAAUCAACGACCAUCCAAAAAACCCAAAACCAAAACGACACCGUUUCCCGGCAAAGAGAACAUUCCUCCUUUAUCUCCCAUUCACAAUCACAGCGACCGUUACGAAUCCGGUGACUGUAGUUUGGAUUUCAUUCCUUCCACAUUAGAUUUUGAUUCCACUGUUCAAGCUGAUUGUUCUUAUGUGUCGGAGCUGAAGAAGGAUAGUAAACGUGCUUAUUCGAACAAUUCACUAGAGUCUAGGUUGGUGGUGUCGAGAACUAAGGUGUUUGAUUAUGGAGAGUCUGGUUCGAAGGUGAAUUUGCGCGAUGGGUUUGAUGGUUCAGUUGAAUGUCCCCUAUGUGGUGAUGAUAUUUCUGAUUUAACCGAGGAAGAGCGAAAUCUUCAUACCAAUCAAUGUCUUGAUAAAACUGGAGAAGAUGUUGCUCUUCCUAGCGAUGAGGUGGGUGCUCAAUUUGGGCUGAAAGUUUCUCUUGUUGUUGAUUGGAUACGCGAUCUCGGUUUAGCUAAAUAUGAAGAAGUUUUUGUUAGGGAAGAAGUUGAUUGGGAUACCUUGCAAUGGCUGACUGAAGAGGAUCUCUUAAACAUGGGUAUAUCUGCACUUGGUCCCAGAAAAAAGAUUGUACGUGCCCUGUCAGAACUUAGAAGAGGAAUUGCCUCUUCAAAUGAUAAUAAUGAGAAUUCUGGGGUAGAGCCCAGAAGGACUAGAAACCAGAAUGUCAACUUGCAACUUGACAAAUCUGAACGAAAAGUUGACAGCACUGUUAAACCAGUAGCAAACAAGUUGAUUACUGAAUAUUUUCCGGGAUUUGCUACCAAUGAGAAGAAAGUUUCUGCCCCUCCUGUAGAACAACAUGAAGUGAAAAACAGUGGCUCAGUUUCUGCUCGUAAGCGCAAAGCACACAAUAUGUCAACAAGUACAAAGAAUCGUGAUGUUCCUAAAUGGUGUGCCGUACAAGGAACACCUUUCCGUGUGGAUGCUUUCAAAUACCUAAGAGGAGAUUGUUCCCACUGGUUUCUUACACACUUCCACAUGGACCAUUAUCAAGGUCUCACCAAGUCGUUCAAUCAUGGAAAGAUCUAUUGCUCCUCUGUUACAGCUAGACUUGUAAAUAUGAACAUAGGGAUUUCAUAUGAUAAAUUACAUAUUUUGCCUCUAAACCAAAAGGUUGAAAUAGCUGGUAUUGGCGUGACUUGCUUGGAUGCCAACCACUGUCCUGGCUCCAUAAUAAUACUCUUUCAACCUCCUAAUGGUCAGGUGGUGCUUCACACAGGUGAUUUUCGUUAUAGUGAAGAAAUGGCAAACAACCCUUUCCUGCAGAUACGUCCUAUUAAUACUUUAAUUCUUGAUACCACAUACUGCAAUCCGCAGUAUGAUUUUCCAAAACAAGAAGCUGUAAUACAAUUUGUUAUUGACGCCAUUCAAGCAGAAGCUUUUAAUCCCCGGACUCUUUUUAUGAUUGGCAGCUAUACAAUUGGAAAAGAAAGGCUAUUCUUGGAGGUUGCGCGUUCGCUACGCAAAAAGGUUUACGUGACUGCAGCAAAAUUACGCCUUUUAAACUGUUUAGAAUUUACUGAGGAGGAUAUGCAGUGGUUUACUUCAAAUGAGCAUGAAAGCAAUAUUCAUGUUGCCCCAAUGUGGACACUCGCAAGCUUCAAAAGAUUGAAGCACAUAUCAAGUCAAUAUGCGAGUCGGUUCAGUCUUAUAGUUGCUUUCUCUCCUACUGGUUGGACAUUUGGCAAAGGUAAAAAGAAGUCUCCUGGAAAAAGGUGGCAGCAGGGUACUGUUAUAAGGUAUGAAGUUCCUUACAGUGAGCAUUCCAGCUUUACAGAACUCAAAGAGUUUGUAAAUUUUGUAUCUCCCAAUAACAUUAUACCAAGUGUGAAUAAUGAUGGGCCAGAAUCUGCAGACGCUAUGGUUUCACUCCUGUCAACUUGA